AUGUUCUACGAUGGAGAACCCCUGAAGUUUUGGGAAUUUUGGAGAGCCUUUGAGAUAAAUGUGGACAGCACGUCAAUAGCUGAUGCUGCAAAGUUAACCAGGCUGUUGCACUACUGCAAGGGAGAUGCACGUAAAGUUAUUCAAGCAUGCUCAGUGAUGGAUUCCACUCAGGGCUACAAGAGAGCUAAGACGCUGCUGAAGGAGUGUUUUGGAAACAAGCAUAAGGUUGCAGAUGCCUGGAUUCAGAGGGUGACUAAAGGUGUAACCAUCUCAGCUCACAACGGCACUGCUCUCAGAGAAAUGGCAGACGAAUUAAGAGUUUGCUAUGAAACCCUACUCGCUGUGGGGUUUGAAGGUGAGAUGGCACCUCAGAGUUUCUUGAAGAGCAUCGUGGAACGACUGCCAAACUACCUUCGCUACAGGUGGAUCCGGAUAGUAAGAGAAAUUCAGAAGAGGAACGAUAGAAUACCAGACAUGAAAGACCUAGUCUCCUUCAUAGAAGAUGUGGCCGACGAAGAGAAUAACCCAGUUUAUGGAUCAGUCAGCUCGAAGAGCAACCGAGAUGUGCCACAGAACAAAAGUGAUAAGCAGAGGUCCAAAGGCACUUUUGCGGUUACCACGGAAACCAAAGAAUUUGACACCAAGAAGAAUUAA